AUGGCCAUCCCGGACUUGGUUCGUGAUUCCAAGCUGGAAACAUAUUACCUACCCGAUUGCACUGUCGAAACCGUCCAUAGAUAUCAUGAACCUGACCCCAAAUCAAGGCGCCGGCUUGUUACCAGGGAAGAGCAUUGGCGGCGAGGAAAGAAAGUCGGAAGGGGUGCGUACGGAAGCGUAUGGCUGGAAAGAUGCACACAGGGCGCUCGAUCGGAUAGGAAAAUUCGAGCUGUGAAACAAAUUGAUAUCAGUGGGCGAUUUGGCGCCAUUGAUUACAAUCGUGAGCUCGAGGCUAUCGCCAAAUUCUCGCAGUCGAGGUAUGAACGAUGCUUCGUCAAGUCAUUAGGCUGGUAUGACAGCCCGGAAUAUCUUUUCAUCGCAAUGGAAUACCUUGAGGUAGGCGAUCUCUCGGAAUAUCUGCGGAAGAUGCCACCAUUGCCAGAGGCGCAGGCCCAGGAGAUCACCUAUCAAAUUCUGGAUGGUCUUAAUAUGAUGCAUGAUAAUGACUUUGCUCAUCGAGAUUUAAAACCAAACAACAUUUUAAUACAAUCACACCCACCAGAUGAAUGGUGGAUCAAGAUCUCCGACUUUGGUAUCAGCAAACGUGUAGAAGAAGCCCCUGGCGCUUCUACAACCCUACGUGGAACAUCGGACUAUAUAGCCCCCGAGCUGUACGGCUUGAUUGAGCGCGGGACCCCCUUUGCCUCAGAUAUCUGGGCCCUUGGUCAGAUUGUGUUUCAGCUCCUUACCAAUGAAAUGGCAUUCGAGGACCUGGGAGCUCUUUUCAAAUAUGCGACGCAGGCCAAUCAAUUCCCCACUGGCCGUCUUUCAAAAUUUAGUGCGCUAGGUGUUGAGUUUAUCACCUCACUUAUGUGUCCUAUCCCAAAAGACCGAAUGACGGCUCCUGUGGCUAUUUCGCACACAUGGAUAGAGUCAAAACCGGACCCUUCUGAUUAUGAACCUAACAUCUCUCCGUGCACGCAAGACGUAGCUACAAUAACUUCAAUGACAGAAACCUUUGCGUCAUGGAAUACAAACUCAUCUUAUCCAGCGCCAGAGAUUGUUGAUGAUGCCCCAAGCAACAAGAUCAACUUCCAUGGUGUCGAUAUCCGACUAUGGCGAACUUUUCGCAUCCGGGACGUCUCUGAUGUGAAUCGUAUGAUAGCUUUUUCGCCCAAUGGUGAAUCGCUCGUCAUCCCGAGUGGCAUACACGCCAGGAUUUGGAAUACUUCAGACGGAACCGAAGUUCGCCCCUCAAUCCUUCAAAAUGAAGACAUCCGUGUUGCUGCCUUUUCCCCGGAUGGCAAAUAUAUAGCGACAGGUGGGACGAGGCUGACGACCUGGAAUGUCCCUCAGGGGCUAAAGCACCCUCACCAUCAUCUCAAUGGGAAGCAGAAUGCUCAAUAUGUUGCGUUCUCACCAGACAGCAGCUUUGUGGCUUGUUCGUCUACCACUAAAAUCGAGGUUUGGAAUAUUCAGUCAGAGAAAAAGCUGUUCACAUUCAGACAUGCAGCUGCUAGGAGAGUGCCCCUGGCCUUUGCUCCUGUUGGCAAACGACUUAUUUAUUAUACGUCUCGUGAUUCUCGAGUGUGGACCAAAGAUCUGAUUACCGGGGACCUUUUCAUUUCCGCAAUCCCACCAGCUCUCCCAAAAUGGGGUACACCAAAUUUUUCCCCAGAUGGAAGAUACCUAGCAUUCUCCUACGGGUCUGGUAUUUGUGUUUUGGAUAUGACGAAAACGACCCCGAAAGUUGCCUCUCCUGUUGUGCGAACAAAAUUCUUCGGUCUAUAUUCUCACGAGGUGAACGUGGUUGAUGUGGAAUCUCCAAAUCAUUGGUUCGAAGUUGAACUAAAUUGCCAUAAAGUCGGUCCUUUAGCUUUUUCUCCAAGCGGAAAUGUUCUAGCGACCUGCGUGUACCCCAGAGAAAACCCGUCGGGAAAGGGGACCUGGACAAUUGUUCUCUGGGAUGUUGUUGAAUCCGGAAACGGGACUUUCAAACUCAAGGAGAUUCACAGAGUGGGUGAAUUUCCUGGUGGCUACGUCUAUGACGAUCACCGAUACUUGGUAUUUUCCCCCGAUGGAAACUUGUUGGCAUGCUCUUCCCUCAAUGAUAGAAGGGUUAGGGUCUGGAGAGCUGAUACAAGAAAGGAAAUGCCAAAUGAUUAG